UGGCGUUACUGUAAGGUAGUGCAUGACUGACAAAUAAUCCAAUUUAGUUACGUAUACAAAAUGCACGAAGUAAACAAAGAUUUGCAGAGGGAAAGGCAGAAUUGUACCUUCGAUGUGGAAGAAAUGACAGUUUUAUACGAUGGGGGGAAGGAGAAAACUGCUGAGCGAAGAUAUAGAGAUAACGUUAUGGUCAGCACUAAGGACUACUACAGUGGAGUUCCAGAAUAUUACUUAGGUGCCAAGGAAAAGUAUGAAGAAUCAAUAAGAAAGUCGGUUAUAAUAUUUGGGUUGGUGCGCAAAAUGCAGAGGGAAGGGAGAACCAAAAUUACCGAUAUCAGACAUUUCCUGCAAUGUUUGCUCGGGUCAGCCCCCACGUACGACGGGACGUCGAUGGCGCUUCAUUACCUGAUGUUCGUGCCAGCCAUCGUCUCCCAGGGCACUGAGGAGCAGCAGGCCCACUGGCUGCCCAGGGCUUGGAACGGGAAUUUCAUUGGGAGUUUUGCUCAAACUGAACUGGGCCACGGGACGUUCAUCCGAGGCCUGGAAACCACGGCGACCUACGACCCUGACACUCAGGAGUUUGUGCUGCACAGUCCCACGCUGACGUCUCACAAAUGGUGGGCUGGUGGCUUGGGACACACUGCCAAUCACGCCAUCGUAGUGGCUCAGCUGUACACUACAGGACAAUGCCACGGCGUCCACGCAUUCAUAGUUCCAAUCCGGGACGAGCAGACCCACCAGCCCCUACCAGGAAUCAGGGUUGGGGACGUCGGCGGAAAGCUGGGACUGGAGGCCGUUAACAACGGGUUUCUUGGCUUUAACCAUGUGAGGAUCCCGAGAAAUAACAUGCUGAUGAAGCAUGCCCAAGUUUUGAAGGAUGGCACAUACAUGAAAACUUCCGAUGGCAAGCUGAUUUAUGCGACGAUGUUGUUCAUGAGGGUGGUCAUAGCUUACGACAUGGUGAACUACCUUACCAAGGCUGUCACUAUCGCCACCAGAUACUCUGCUGUAAGGAGGCAGACUCCGGUGAGAAAGGAUGGACCAGAACUUCAAAUACUGGAUUACUUGACUCAACAACACAAACUACUAAUAACUAUAGCCACGGCUUUCGGUUUUAAAAUAAUAUCGACAAUACACUGGGAUACUUACGAUGAGAUCAACGAGCAAGUUGCCAAUGGGAAACUGGAUCGGUUACCUGAGCUGCACGCACUAGUCUGCUGCUUGAAAGCCAUCGUCACGUCUGACACCGCGCAGUGCAUAGAGCGGUGUCGGCUGGCGUGUGGGGGGUACGGUUACAUGCUGUCUUCAAACCUGCCCGCAUUGUAUGGGCAGGUCACUGCGGCCUGCAUCUAUGAGGGCGACAAUACUGUGCUCUUGCUGCAAACUGCUAGGUUCUUACUUAAAACAUGGCAAAGACUAGACAGUCACACCUUACCCCCAACGGUGGCCUACCUGAAAACUGCUUCAAGCGAAGGUUUUCUACCUAAAUGGGAAAAUUCCGCCGAAGGAAUUAUUCGCGGACUACAAGUAGUUGCGAUGAGGAAAAUAUCAGCAUGUGCGGCGGCGAUAGAGAAGAGAGUAACAUCUGGAGUGCCACUGGAACAGGCUUGGAACUUGAGUUCAGUGCAGUUGGUGGCUGCAGCUGAAGCCCACGGAAGAGUAGUGUUAGCUACCUACUACUAUGAAGGUGCCAACAAAAUGAUAGCGGGGGCUUCGGCGUCGACGGGGGCGGUCCUGCGGCGGCUACUGGAGCUCUACCUGGUCUACUGGGCGCUGCAGAGCCUUGUGGACUUGCUAAAGUACACAAACAUUUCGGAAAGAGGCGCUGAAGAACUGCAGGCCUGGUAUGAGGAACUGUUGGUGAUGCUGAGACCCAACGCCGUGGGCCUGGUGGACGCCUUCGACAUCAGAGACAAGAUGCUGCACUCUACCCUGGGGUCAUACGACGGGCGAGUAUACGAGAGGCUCAUGGAGGAGGCUCAGAAGAGUCCUCUCAACAAGGACCCCGACUACAGCCCCUUCCACAAGUACCUCAAGCCGUACAUGCAGGGAAAACUGUAAUGUCUAUACGAAAGUGAAGAAGAGCGCUCUGAAAAGGUCUAACGCCCGUAUUCACAAACAUUACUAUGAGGUCUCACAGUGCGCGUGGACGCAGAGCUCUAUUCAACGCUGUACGUUCGAUUUGCUGCUUCACUUAAGCAAGCGUCGUUUGUGAAUACGGGCGUAAGAUAAAGAGAUCUGUGAAAACUAAAAUUUCUCUGUGUACAUUGGUGAAAAUUAUUGUUUUAAGUGUGCUCUGAAAAGGGGCUAGCUAAUAAAGAGAGCUGUGAAAACUGUAAUUUGCAACUGUAUGCAAUAGGGAAAAUAAUGUCUUUAGGGCUUAAGUUUUAAUAAAGAAGCACACUUGCAACUCACUACAAAAGAUACUAAACCUGAAAAGGGAUAAUAAAGAGAGUGUCUGUCUGUAUCAUCAUCAUCAGGUCAUAGUAAGACGACGACUCUCGAAGCCUACAGACAAGAGAAUUUACCAAAGGAAAAUGUUUGUACUUAUACCUAUUACUGAAAUUUUUACAGAUAGAGCCAUUUAAAAAUUCACACAAAGACGUUUAUGUAAAUAGGCGCAUUUAAACAUGAUUGACUCUUGUCAAUGCUAAUAGCUCAUUAAGGCUAUGUAAUAAUUGUAUUGCAAUAACUAUUGAGUUAUUGCAACCAACACGAUAGAAGACGGGAAAAUAUUAUAAAUAAGGUAAUUUUAAGUUAUGACUCUGAAAAUGAGCCUCUAGAAUUUGUGUCUCGCUAUAAGGUGGAUGAAAUGAAAUAAAAUGAAUAGUUUAUUCAGUAGGUACAUAGGCCCUUUCCAGGGCACUUAUAAUACACGUCCCAAAUAUAGCUUGCCCUACCACCACUUCGGGACAACAUAUUAAGGGCUGGAGCUGAGAAGAAGUGGCGGAUUACCUAUGUCAGCCUCAUUUUCAAUCAAAUACAGGAUAGAUUCAUCAUCCUUCAGAUAAUGUUAAAUUAAAGUUAGCUAACUUAAU